AAUGUCUCAGGCGCGCCUGCCAAGCUGAUCGCCUGCCUCCGUCCGUCCCCCUCUCCCUCCUUCCUCCUGAUAGUCACGGGAGCUCAAGCACCGUGCGGGCAGCGGCGAUGGAAAACUACCGCAAGUUUCUGCUCCUGCUGGCCUUGUCCGUGCUCAUCGGCUUCGUGUCGGUCCUCUUUGUCCUCGUGUGGGUGUUCAAGUGGAGGGAAGGGCUCGGAUGGGACGGGGGCGCAGCCGAAUUCAACUGGCACCCCGUUCUCGCCGUGACCGGGUUCAUAUUCAUCCAGGGGAUCGCCAUUGUGGUGUAUCGCUUGCCCUGGACAUGGAGAUGCAGUAAACCCAUGAUGAAGAGCAUCCAUGCAGGACUGAAUGCUCUGGCAUUUACCUUGAUGGUCAUCUCGGCUGUGGCCGUCUUUGACUUCCACAAUGCGAAGAACAUCCCAGACAUGUACAGCCUGCACAGCUGGAUCGGCCUGUUGGUGGUCAUCCUGCACUCCAUUCAGCUGCUUCUUGGGGUCUGCAUUUAUCUUCUCCCCAGCGCCCCUGCCUUCAUCCGGACAGCUGCCAUGCCUCUUCACGUGUACAGCGGCAUUUUCAUUUUUGGAGCCGCCGUUGCCACCGCUUUGAUGGGAAUUACUGAAAAGCUGAUUUUUUCUCUAAAAGACCCUCCGUACAAAAACUCUCCACCAGAAGCUGUGUUUGUCAACAUGUUGGGCCUCUUCAUCGUGGUAUAUGGCGCCCUCAUCCUGUGGAUGGUCACCCGACCCCAGUGGAAGCGUCCAGGAGAGCAGACGUCUGCCACCAGGGAAUCUGCUGCUAAUGAGGAGGACUCCACCAUGGCUGAGAACGGUGCCUUCGGGAACGCCAAUGUGGAGCACGGUGGGGACACACGGAAAAGGAAUCUUAAAGUGGAUGAGAUGGGGCAAAGGUCAACUAUGUGAGAUUGGGAAGACGACAGCACAUGAGAAGAGGCUUCCAUUAUUGAGUCUGAGGAGAUCUCCAUACUGGAUUUGUUUCAUAAAUGGUGGCGAGUACUGCUUGGACGUUUUAGUCACGUGAUAGGUUUGCUUAUGGCUGAUUCCACAUUUAGGGUCAUCUUGUAUUUAUGUGCUAAUAUAUAGAAUGUUAUACAGUUGGUGCAGCUGGCAUACCUUUACUGAACUAUCAUACAGGACAGACACACGCACCUAUACUCAUAUUAAUAUUCUGUAUGCAUAGUUGAAAUUAAUAUAUAGGGCAGCAUGUGUGAGUCGGAGUGUGUGUGUGUGCGCGUGUCCUUCACUUCGCCCUGGGUACGCCUCCUACGUGCGGCCAUUGUGCCAGAUGGAGUGAGGUUGGAUCGAUGGUUUGUGUUUUCAAAUAAUUUGAGGCAUCUGGCCCACAGUCAGGUCUCCCAUCACUCCUCUACCCACACCAAGCCGGACGAUCGCACAAUCUGUCCACUUGGGCAGAUCCCCCAAUUUGCUGCCAUUCAUUAUCUUCAAUAUAAUUAAAGUUAUUAGAAGUUAUUUCCUCACAAUCAUGAUAUACAGGAUAUUAAUUUGCCACAUAAAACUGCAGUCUAAAGCAAAGCGUUUUUUAUAGAUUUAAAAAUAUUUUAUUCCUGCAGCUUACAAUGGGGCUGACGGGUCCAUAGUUGAAUGAAAAAGCCUUAAAGCUAAUCGUCCACUUUGAGGCAGCAGAGGUUUCGACUGCAGAAAAUGUGCCUUCCGUGCUUAUGACACGGCCUGGCGAUAACGGAAGGAAACUAGAAAUACCGAUUUUAUCGCCGAUACCUGGAACUCUUUUACUUGAGGUAAGAAUACGUUUCCUUUUCGCUUUUCAGCUCAUAUCCUCCACUGUGGUGGAGUUCAGAUGUAAAUGAGAAAGUACAAAAACAAACGCAUGUGUGAAGCUGUUUAGAGGAAUUGUGUCUUUUGAGAAAAUGGUUUGAAGAUGUGCACUUCCAGGAUGUAAACAUAAAUUUAAAACACAAAGCGUUUACAGUUUCCCACGAUUCCCUAAGGUUAUGGCUUUUAGCGCUUAGGUUAGAUAUGAACACUCCAUGGAUAACCGCUGAAGGCUGAAGAAGAAAUGAAGACGUCUUCCUGAUCACCCGUUAUUGAAGCCACUGUGAAGUGGGCCAAAAUGUAGGGCCGUUGAAUAUUAACAAUGGAAAUGACGUUAACUAGCAAUCUGAACCCUGUGUUGAUGAGUAGCGGCAAGGUAGAAUAAUGAAUUUCUGGUGCUGCUUCACGGGUCUAACAUCACGCGUUUGGAUUGUUUGCCCUGGUUGUUGUGGUUGUGGAGUCUCUUGAACUUUGUGUAGUGUUUUCUCUAAAUUGUAUGCAAAGUCAUAAAGAUAAUCUGAAAUGACUAUUCCAGGUUAGCGUGACUGGGAUUGUGCGUGGGUGCAAUUGUAUCAGGUAUACCUGUGAUGGGCUGGGGCCCAAUUCUUGCCUUUCACAGAAGUCUAAGGCACCAACCACCUGUGACCGUGAAUUGCCUUCUAUAACAUUCUGCACCGUGCGGUACACCAACAAUGGAGAAACAUGUACCCUCCAUGCAGUUGUUGGGAUCUCUCACGUGUCAACGCUAAAUAAGAAAUGAACACCACAAACAGGAAAAAAGAUCACUAUGCAGACCGACUCUGCUGAAAAUUGACCGUUUGGUCCUUCUGGUUUCGAUUGCUUCUCCAGAACUCCAUGAUUGGUGAUAGUUGAAGAUUCAUCCUCAUCGACUACUAUAACAAAGUGGGCUCAUCCUUCAGCACAUCUACAUUUUCCAAAGGUGGAAGCAGCACAUCCCACUCCUUACAGCAGAGGCACUAGUCCUCAGUAGCCAUCACUUCUCAUUUUCCACAAAUGCACCACCCAUCGCUGCUUAUUUGUUACCUCACCGUACCUUCCGCUUGUAAGUUUUGCUCGUUUGGCUUCUCCGGUUCUGCUUUCUGUUCUGUUCUUCCUUCUUCGAGCUGCUGGAGAUCCUCCUCGGUAUAUUCUGACUCGUUCAAAUACGGUUCGGCGAUUAUGCAAAAUGUGUCCUUUUCUUCAUAGUCGGACAUAUUGCAGAUUUAAAACAGUAGCUUAUUUGUCUAAAUCCUGAAAGAAAACAUACCCGUGAGGAGUUGAUUCUCAAAAUGAAAAUGGCAUUCAUCAAACGAGCUAGAGUACAGGUUCUCAAGCCAUUGGUCACAACUCAAAAUGUCGUCUGAAUUUGUGUUAUGCAUAGUCGAGAUUCACAGUAGUACUCGAUGUGAAAGGGUCGCAUUCGGUUUGCGGAGGGUGUUGUGAUGGGUCAUCGUGAACGCAAUUGCUCCGCUUUGACCUGCAUCGACAAUUCUCCAAGGGGUUAUGGAAUAAGUUAUGGGCCUUCUGUGGGCCAAAGUCACAACUGGCUUGUGAGGAAAUAAAGUUUCAGAACCACUGAACUGGAGGAAACCAUGACCCAGAGGGGUGAAAAGUUACCGACAAGGGAGAGACAAUCGGUUUUCUUUUAAAAUGGCUGAAUCUCACAAAGUGUUUGUUUGUUUUUUGUAUUCCGUUCUAAAGCGACGCGGAUACGUUGAUUUGCAAUAUUUGUGCAAUCUCAAGAUGCGGAAUGAUAUCCAAUAAUAUUCUUGCCAUAAAAAAUGGUUGCGUGUGGUAAGUUUAGGCCUUUUUUCAUGUAUGAACCCGUGUACCCUUCAGCCCCAUCAUAAGCUGCAUGAAGAGACAAGAGAUUUUAAAAUUUCUAACAAAAAUGCUUCACUUUAGAGCACAAUUAUAUAUAGCAAAUUAACAUAUCCCAUGAUUAUGAGGAAAUAACUUUGACUUGAAGUAUAACAAACUUAUCCUCUAAUAAUUUUGCCCUACAAUUCUUAUUAUUAAAUGACUUCUCUAUUACUUUUUAAUCUUAAAUUGUUCGUUUUUUAAAUAUUUUUGUAGCCUUUUCACAAUGAGCACCAUAAUCGGGAAAGAAGAAUGCAGAAUAAUAUAAGAUGCGUUUCAUUUAUUAAAGUGGUAAUGAAGCGUGGAGAGUUGAAAGAAUGAAAUUUAUAACCUUUAUUGUUUUUUUUAUAUAUUUGUAGAAAAUUAGAUCUUUUCCAAAAAAAUUGUAAAAAUAUUUGUAGUUUUCUUCCUGAUCUCAUGUAGAUAAGCUACUCUAGACACGGGUCAGCCGACGCUCCUACCUUCUCGUAGUGCCUGUAAAUAUUAGAGGAUAUGGCAGACGUGGAUCGUUUGCUUUUAUUUUCGACUGACUUUUGUAUAUUUGUUUUUUUUUAAUUAACUUUAUAUCUUUCAAGGAUUUGUUAGAGACCUGGACGGUGUUACAUCAGAAUAUGAGGCAGAUCAGGUUCAUUGUUUUAUUGAACUCCGCUGCACAAAGACCCGUCACACUAUUCACUUUUUGUAAUAUCAAUAGUGACAGAAGCAGAAAUUAGGUUAAGAUGGUUUCAGACAAUAAGCAGUUUUGUAUUUAGUUAA